CCCAUCGUCCAGUUCACCAACUGCCGCAUCCUGAGGGGCCACCAGCUCCAGAGGGAGGACCUGUGGGUGCGAGAGGGGAAGAUCCUCAACCCAGAGAAACUCUUCUUUGAUGAGAAGGGCUCUGCUGACAUCCAGCUGGACUGCAAGGACAGCAUCAUUGCCCCGGGCUUCAUCGACGUCCAGAUCAAUGGAGGCUUUGGGGUGGACUUCUCCCUGGCUACAGAUGACUUCAAAUCAGGGAUCGACCUGGUCAGUCAGAAAAUCCUCUCCCAUGGAGUGACCUCCUUCUGUCCCACCCUGGUGACCUCUCCUCCAUCUGUGUACCACCAGGUUCUCCCUCAGAUCGGUAUAAGAAAUGGUGGAGCCCACGGAGCAGGUAUCCUGGGGGCCCAUCUGGAAGGACCGUUCAUCAGCAAGGAGAAGAAAGGGGCGCACCCGGAGCACUGCCUCCGCACCUUCGAGGCAGGUGCCUUCCAGGACCUGCUCGCCACCUACGGGUCCCUGGACUGUGUCCGGAUAGUCACCCUGGCCCCCGAGAUGAAGAGGAGCAGUGAGGUGAUCCGGGAACUCACCAAGCGGGGCAUCUGCGUCUCGCUCGGUCACUCAGUGGCUAAUCUCUCCCAGGCUGAGGUGGCUGUGCAGCACGGCGCUACCUUCAUCACUCACCUCUUCAAUGCCAUGUUGCCAUUCCACCAUCGCGACCCUGGGAUCGUGGGACUGCUGACGAGUGACAAGAUUCCCGCUGGGCGGAGAGUCUUCUACGGCAUGAUCUCUGAUGGCAUCCACACCAACCCUGCUGCCCUGCGAAUCGCCCACCGAGCCCACCCCAAAGGCCUGGUGCUGGUGACGGAUGCGAUCGCUGGCAUGGGGCUGGCCCCGGGUCGGCACACGCUGGGUCAGCAGGUGGUGGAGAUCGAUGGGCUGAACACCUACAUUGCAGGCACAAAGACCCUGAGCGGUAGUGUGGCGACCAUGGACACAUGUGUGCGGCACUUCCAAGAAGCCACGGGGUGCUCAGUAGAGACUGCGUUGGAGGCAGCAUCUCUGCAUCCCGCCCAGCUCCUGGGGAUCGAACACAAAAAGGGGACGCUCAAUUAUGACUCCGAUGCAGAUUUCCUGAUGAUGAAUGAUGAGCUGUAUGUGCGAGCCACGUACAUCGCAGGCGAGGAAGUCUGGAGACAGGAUGCGUUAGGCAUGUGACACUGGGCUGUCCUGUGCCCUCUGAGGCUCCCUGGCACUGUGGUUAGCAGCUUUGGUAACCACUCCAC